UAGCAAUAGGUUUCUAAUUACUAUUUUUGACUUUAUAGAAACUGGUUUUUAUUAAGUAAUCAUAGCUGAUGAUGCUCAUUUAUUAGUCGUAACAUAUUCGAAGAUGGGCUGGCUCGUUUUCGUGGUUUUUGGUGCAGCCUUUUGUGACACUCUUCUGUACGUCACGCAGGGCUUUCCAUUCGAAUCAAACAUUAGGGGGAAAAGACAUCCACAAGAGAGCGGCUUAGUUUUCCAAACGAAUGGUGCUUUAAACCUAGGUGGUCUGAAUCUCCCACAAGUGAGAAAACGCCUACACGACCUAGUUGACACUGUGACAAACCCCUUGAAUAUCCAGAUCGUAUCCCAGGUGGAGCCUGUAAACUAUGAAUACGACCAACAGUACGAGUAUGGCGAUCAACAGUAUCAAAAUGGCCCUCCCUCUUUUGGACCUCCCCCAGGGGGCCCUCCACAUCACGGCCCCCCUCCGCAUUACGGUCCUCCUCCAGGCGGCCCCCCACAUCACGGUCCUCCUCCUCCUGGGGGCCCCCCACAUCACGGGCCUCCUCAUGGGGGCCCCCCACAUCACGGGCCUCCUCAUGGGGGCCCCCCACAUCACGGGCCUCCUCCAGGCCCCCCUCCAUAUUACGGUCCUCCUCCUGGGGCCCCCCCACAUCACGGGCCUCCUCCAAGGGGUCGCCAUCAUGGCCCCCCACCAAGAGGUCCCCCGUAUAGACAACCUCCAGACGAACCCGUUUACGAGAAUACCAAUGAGGAGAACAAUGAAAACUUGCCGGGAACGAAGCCCGAUUUCAGCCAACAACCGAAUUAUCCCGGCGAUGGUAACUUCGAUAUGAAUGUCGAAUACACAAGUAGCACUCCUCCAACGACUACGUCAAUAAAUUUGGAUGAGACGGUUUCGAAGAGGGCCAGUAAUGUUUCUGAGUAUAUAGAAGAUAAUUUCCCUGUUAUAUUGUUAAACGAAAAUGAAAUUAGGUGAUUGUUCGGCGUUUUCAAUAUAGAAAAAGUUAAA